AUGCACAAGAUGCACCAAGUACAACAGGCUAUAGCUGCAAUCCAAGCCAAUUCUAUCCAUGUCAAACAUAUGUCUUUUACAGAGCAACAGGACCAGAAUUUCUUGAUUUAGCCUCAAUUGGUGACCUUUUCUCAGUAAGUAGGCUUAUGAUUGCAAAACCUAGUAAUAUUUCUACCCCAAACACAACCCUAGUUAAUGACCAAUCCCUCUUAGUACCAAUCACAUGUUCUUGUAAAAACAUCAACACCACUCUUGGUAACAUCUCAUAUGCUGGCCUUAACUAUAGUUUCAACUCAGGUGAUACUAUGUACAGGAUCUCAACUAUUAAGUUCCAAAACCUUACAAAUUAUCAAUAUGUUGAGGCUGUUAAUCCAACUGUUGUACCAGAAAAUAUUCAAAUAGGUCAAGCUAUAGAAUUCCCAAUUUUUUGUAAGUGUCCAAACAGAACACAAACACAACCCCAAAACCAAACCCAACCAAGAUAUCUUAUUAGUUAUGUAUUUCAACCUUUUGACAAUAUUUCUUCAAUUGCUUCAAGAUUUGGAACAACCCCACAAUCUAUAAGAGAAAUUAAUGGAAAUAAUCCCAAGAUUUUUGAUAUCCUUUUCAUUCCACUGUCUAAACUUCCUAAUAUUACACAGCCAACAGCUACAAAUGCAACCCAACCUCCUCCACCAACAAAUACACCAACAGUACAAGAAAAUGACAGAAAAGGAACAGUCAUAGGAUUAGCUAUUGGUUUAGGAAUUUGUGGGCUGCUACUGAUUUUGGUCUUUGGUUUAUGGGGUUAUAGAGAGAAGUCAACAAAGAGAGAAAAGUUUAGUGAUGUGGAAAGGCAGAAAAGUUUAUAUUUUGGAUCAAAAAAGGAGUCUUUAAAUAAAGAUGUUGAAGUGAAUUUAAUGGCUGAUGUUUCAGACUGUUUGGAUAAGUAUAAAAUGUAUACAAUUGAACAACUUUGGGAAGCAACAGAUGGAUUUGAUGAACGGUGUUUGAUUCAAGGGUCUGUGUAUAAAGGUAUAAUUGAUGGAGAAGUGUUUGCAAUCAAGAAAAUGAAGUGGAAUGCCCGAGAAGAACUCAAAAUCCUGCAAAAGGUGAACCAUGGGAAUUUAGUGAAGCUAGAGGGUUUUUGCAUAGACCCUAAAGAAGCAAAUUGCUAUUUAGUUUAUGAAUAUGUUGAGAAUGGUUCACUACAUUCGUGGCUUCACGAGGACAAAAAAGAAAAAUUGAGUUGGAAAACAAGGUUAAAAAUUGCCAUUGAUGUUGCAAAUGGUCUUUUAUAUAUCCAUGAACACACAAGGCCAAGGGUUGUACACAAAGAUAUCAAGAGUAGCAACAUUCUCUUAGACUCAAACAUGAGAGCCAAAGUUGCCAAUUUUGGACUUGCUAAAUCAGGCUGCAAUGCGAUAACGAUGCACAUUGUUGGAACUCAGGGUUACAUUGCCCCCGAGUAUCUCACUGAUGGUAUUGUAUCGAUUAAAAUGGAUGUUUUCUCAUUCGGGGUGGUGUUGCUCGAGCUUAUGUCAGGGAGAGAAGCCAUCGACGAUGAAGGGAAAGUUUUAUGGGCGAAAGUUGGCGAAAUUUUGGAAGGGAGUGAAGAGAGAAAACUGAAGAAAUUGCAAGAAUGGAUGGAUGAUAGUCUUCUUAGGGAGGAAUGUACAAUGGAGAGUGUUAUGAAUGUGAUGUCUGUGGCCAUUUCUUGUUUGAAUAAAGAUCCUUCAAAAAGGCCUAGUAUGGUGGAAAUUGUCUAUGCUUUGUCCAAAAGUAUUGAUCUGUUUUCUGAUGUAUCAGAGGAGGGAUUCUCUCCGAGGCAAGUGACAGCAAGAUAGACUACAGUUUAUGGUCCCACGAGGACGUGGUACCUAUGUUGCGCGGCCUCCCCAAAAUGUUGUCGGAUCCUCCAAAAAUGCAUUACUUUUGAAGGGUCCGAUACAUACCCAGAGACCUUUUUGGAGAGCCCGAACAAGACAGCUUGGUACUUCAGUGUCGUAAUGUCUGAUAAUCAAACAUUGGCUCGAGGUAUUUUCUCUAGUAAUGCAGAGUCUAUUAUGUAAAUUAGGUUUGAAGUGGACUACGUAGCAUUUUGUAGUGUUGAGGUUUUUACUUUACUUUGAACUUUGCUUCUAUGUGUAAUAUAACUCUUAUAUUAGUAGUAUUUUUCUUUUAUCUUUCUAGCCGUAGUGGAAAAUCCUGUUGAAAUAUGUGUAUUUAAGAGGUGUUGAUAUCUCGAGUGUGAGAAUAAAUAAGAUCCUCGUUGAGUUUGUUUGUUA